AUGCGCCUCCUUACCGUUUUUGCUGGACUGGUUGUACUCUUGGCCGUGGCGACUGAAAGGAGCGAUGCUUACAGAAGCUCUCAUCACCCCCACCUCAGAAAAAAGUCUGUAUCAUCAAAGGAGGUGGUAGCAGCAGCAGUAACAGAAGUCAAGAAAACAUCAACCACAAAAAGUGCUGACGACUCCAAUGUGACCGAUGCUGCUGACGUGGCUGAAGAAGAAGAGGAGGAGGAGAAGGUGGAUAAGGAGGCUUCUGUCAUGAAGACUACAGAGGCUGGCGUGAAAGAAAGCGAGGCUGAAGAUGAGGGAGACGAAGAUGACAAGCCUGAAGAAGCCGAUGUGGAUGAAGAAGUUGAGGCGGCUCAUGCUAAAGAGAACAAAGAAGAAGAUGUAAAUGAGGACGAAGAAGACGAAGAAGACAAAGACGAAGAGGAUGUGGACGAUGACAAGGAUGACGAUGACGAAGGGCACGAAGUCCACGGUUCUGAAGAAGAGAAUGAGGAUGAUCAUGAGGUGGCUCCUGCAAAGAAGAAUGAAGAGGCUGACACAGAUGAAGAUGAGGAUACUGGUGAUGAUGAUGACGAUGACGAAGGGCACGAAGUCCACGAGUCUGAAGAAGAUGAGGAGGAGGAAGAUGAGGAUGAUCAUAAGGAGGCUCCUGCAAAGAAGAAUGAAGAGGCUGACACAGAUGAAGAUGAG